CCCGCCCGGACUCGGCGGGAAGCGGCCUGGCAGGCGGCGGCCCCGGCGGCGUCAGCAGAGGGAGGACAGGGCCGAGGCCGCGGGUCCCUGAGGCGCGCGGGCCCACAGGGCCCGGCGUUGGCACCAUGAUGCCGGGCGAAACCCACUCGGCGGCGCCCGGGACGGCGGCGGACCUCUCGCGGUGUCAGGGCUGCGCCUCCCUGCAGCAGAAUUUAAACGAGUAUGUUGAAGCACUAAUUACCUUGAAGCAGAAAAUUAUUAAUACAGAUAAUUUAUUAACAGAAUAUCAGAAGAAAUGUGAUGAGCUGCAGUUUGCAAGAAGAGAGAAUAGUACCCUGCAUCACCAAGUGGAACAGAUGCUUCAAAAAAUUUCUCCUCUGCAGAAAUGUCAGGAAGAAUUGGGGUCUUUAAAAGCAGAGCUGGAAGAGAAGAAGAGUUCUCUCAAGUUGUACCAAGAUACUCACCAGGAAUAUGCACGUGUAAAAGAAGAAUGCUUGAAAACUGAUGCUCAGAAGAAGAAACUAGAAGCCAAGGUGAAGAAGCUGGAAGAGGCUGCUGUGAAGCAAACGCAGGACUUCAAGCAACUGAGGAAUGAAAAGAAAAUACUUGAAAAGGAAUUUAAGAAGACACAGGAACGGCUCGAUGAAUUUUCUAAACAGAAAAAUGAAAAGGAGUUGAGGCAUAUUGGAACACAAAUUUCAAGUGAUUCUUAUGGAAGCAUAGAUAAAAGAAAAGUAAAGCUACUUCUGAAGGAGCUCUGGCUCUGCAUAAACACAACACACAGACUACCUGGUGAAGGCAGCCGAUGCAUCACAGAGAAACCUGCCAAAGAAAACCCGGGGCCCACAGAGCCCAGGGACGAUGGUGUGCCCCCUCCAGCAGGUGGCAGGCCACUCCAAGCCGCAGCUGUGCAGACGUGCCUGGCAGAACUGUCCAUGGAAAUAGAGGGCGACUUCUCUGCAUGUAGACGUGUGGGGAGACACGAGUACAGUGGAGCCGCGCACUGCAGUGACCACGUAGCUAACGAGGGCCGGCAUCCUGAACUUGAGGUGCCAAGGACUGACGAGGACAGUACUGACUUCUCUGAUCGUGAUCACUGUUUCGAUGAAGACCUCCAGGCUGCAGUUGACUUCUUCAGACUUCCCCCUCCUCUGUUGUCUCCGGUGCCGUCACCCCCUUUGGUGUCCCUACCACCCCUGAGCACAUUACCUUCUUCACUGGCGCCUGAAACCUACUUCGGAGAGUAUACAGAUUCCAGUGAUAAUGAAUUGUCCCAACAUAGAAAUUCUGCUGAGUCUGUUUCAGAAGAUGAGACAUCUGAAUCACAGUAUUUUGGUUCAUCCAGAAAAAGUAAAGGAAGUGGUGGUACCUGGGAGGAGAAGCUCAAAUCACAUGAAGCCUCCCAGGCUCUGGCUACGCUGGAAGUAAAUGAAGUGACAACUGUCGGGUUUGGGACGUUCACAGCAACGCUGAGAGAGCCUUCAGCUGCAUACUCCGUAGCUCACGAGAAACACUGGAUGGUGUCAUCUGAGUCCGCGAGUGACGGGAGAAGAGCCAUUUCAGAUGAGGCACAAAGACAGAGAGAGGUUAGGGAGGUGGAUAAGUCGGUGCAGACUGAGAACACACUUCAUGAACCCAUCAGAAACGUGUGUGUUGAGACGUCAUCUGGCAGCCGGGCACAGGGCAGGGGAGCAGCCCUCCGGAAGUCUGACACGUGUUCCUCUACCCUCGGCAAGAGGCCAUUCAGUGAACUCAUGGAAUCUGAAGGAAAAACCCUACUAUCCAAAAUGAUAGGAUCACCCAAAUCACAGUUUACUAAGUGGACACUAAGUAAUGAAAUCCCUCUUGAAUCAGAUCAUCUGUCAAUCUCUGACCACCUCCAGGGAAUGUGUGGAGUAUCGGGAAAGAAGCGAGAUGCUCAAGACUUCAUUUUAGGAGCAUCGCCUGAGCCAGAGGACGAUGUAGGUGAUGCAGCGGGUGCCCCAGGGCUCCGUGGUGAUGCCAGCCUUUCUUCCUCUUCUACCUCGGGAGCAUCGUCUGUCUGCAGUGACUCCCCAUCUUCCUCUGGAUUGAAGUAUGCUCAUGACCAACACAUUCCUGCUAAAGUUACUGCUGUGGAACUGCACCAUUCAGAACAGCAGUUACAAGCUGAAACCUUGAACGUGCUAGAUCUGCAGCCUGAGCCCCCAGAGUGUCCUCCCGGAGAGAACCAUCUGGAGAAUAGCUUGUGUGCUUUGAGCCCUGAGUUGGGAGCAUCACAUUUUAAUAAUGAAAGCAGCAAUGAGGUCAAGUCCACAGAUGUUUUGAAAGGCAUUCCCAAAGUCUGUUCAAUUGCACAGUCAGUAUUUAUAAAAGCUAUGAAAGACGCACAGUGCAGAAGCCAGGGUCCCAGAGCUGAGCUCCCCCUGACUAGGGCGGAUUCUACACCAUUGCUAGAGUCUCAGCGUGGCUUGACCAAGGGUGGGUUUGGUUUUAAAAGCCCUUCAUGGCACCAUAGUGAUGUGUUAAGGAGAGGUGGAGAAGAAAGGCUAAGGGCUAAGUCAGAACCCGAACAGAAGACUAACCAUCAGGUACAACAGGCAGCAGCAUCCUUAGAAAGUAGACGGUCCACAUCGAAGCCUGAGCUUGCCUCAGAAAAUAACCCCGUGGGGCUCAGGGCUGCUACGUCACUGUUGCCUAACCAAGUGUCCGUGAUCACCAAGCAGGCCCGGCCCGACACAGUGCAGAGCACUAGACUGGAACCCUGGAGGCAGCGGAAGACUGAGCCUCCCUUCGGGGCAGCACACGCCGGUCCUGGGGCUGUUCCCACGUCCUCUGUAGCCAGACGUGACGGAGAAAGAGAGGACACGGCGUGGGCUGCCCAGGGAGCGGCUGCUAAUGAAGGGACCUCGCCACAAGUUUCUGCCUCAUGGAGAAAAUUAAAUUUCAGUUUUCCAAGUUCCACAAAUAGCAAACCGUCUUUCUCUCCCAAAAACAUCCCUGUCCCAAAUCAAGACAUCACAACCGAAGCCUCAGCACAGGAGGCAGUGCCGAAGCAAACUCUGCUCCUUCAUGCCGCAAGUCUGGACUCCUCUGGGCUGAUUGGGGACCAACUCCGUCCCGCUCCAGAAGUGCCAGUGUCCAGAAGUUGCGCUGUUGACAGAGUGCCCUAUGGGGGCACGGGCAGAUCUGGUAGCAAGGCUCUGGCCAUCCUGGAGGGCUCUCCCCGUGUCCGCCCGAGCCUGCAGGAGUCCCCAGAGCUGCCGUCUCAGACUCCUGGCAGGGCCUCUCCUGAAGGUCCAGGUACCACAGGGACGGCUCUCCCAUCGGCGAUUCUCAGAAAAGAUGAGGAGACGCGUGCUGUCCCCGCGAGUGCUCUCGCUGGGCCUGUGUGUUGUUACACGGGCAUUCGGGAGGGAGGAGGUGGCGACACAGAGGUGGAGGAGAGUGAGGCGCCUAGCGGUAGCGAAGGGGAGAGCGAGCCCGAAGCCGCGCUGGGGGACAGACCGCGGGGGGCUGCUCACGCCUCCAGAAGAGGUUUAGGAGCCCCAGGCGCUGGCUCAGCCGAGACUCGGCCUCCCGUCGAGGUGGGCUGUCUGACCUCCGCGCUGCAGGACUUCAACAUCAGCACCCUUUCUGAGAUCGACGGGCUCUCUACAUCCGAGGUCGUGAUGUUUCUUGAAAGUUGUCAGUUAAGAGAUUACAGUUCGGGGGACUCUGUUUCAGAAUGUUCUAGCAGAGGAACCCUGCAUAAAGAAAUGAACAAAGACUUAAAGCCAGGUGACCUCUCAGGAGGAAAGUACAGAAAGCAGCUCUGUGAAGAAGAAACCCUUGAAACCUCCGAAGAGUGGAUUGAAUCCGAGGAAGAGGACGGUCCUCUGAAGAGCACAGGUCAGCUCACACAGCGCUCCUUGGAAACGCUGUCUGAGGUGCUCACCAGGUUUGGACGGGAGCUUCAGGCCAGCUGUGAGAGCUCUCCUGGAAAAGACGCUGCUGACUUAGUGCUCUCAAAUACGCACGAUGACGUGACCAGUGAGCCUGUCAGAGAGCAUGUCCCACCUCAGGGGGCGAGUGGCUUCCCCCCACACCCUUCAGGUACAUCCCCUCCAGUAGCCAGCAUGACUGGCAAGGGCUGUUCUCCUGCUAGCGGCUCAUCGAGUAACGCAGUCACUCCUGGCAGUCCUGAGGGUGUUCCCAGUGUCACCAGCCCGAUCCGCGGUGGGGCAGAGUCCUCCCCCCAGCGCUCUGACUCCGUGGCGGGGCAGACCACAGAAGGCAGUGCUGAGGAGGGGGCAGAAACGACGUUUCAGUGCCAGAUAUCAACAGUGACCUCCGAAGUCAUAAACGUGCUCAUCAAUAAGGAUCAAAAUCUCGUCAUUGAAAAGGGGGACCACUGGACCAUCAUAAAUGGGGUAGCUCUCAUGCCAAAUGUGGACCAGGUCAUACUGUGUGACACUCCCGAAGACAUCCCUGUUUCCCCAGAUGGAGGAGGCCUGGGAGCUGGCUUCAUUUCCCUUACUUCCAUGGAGAAGUCCCCAGAGACCGGUCACCCUGGCCCUCCAUUUCAGGAGCCCCAGUGCGGCAGCACCCUAUCAUGUGCCCAAGAGGAAAUUUCCAGCAGUAGCCAGAGCACCAACUUUGAUAAAAGUCGUUUGCGUAACAGGCCUGUCAAACCUAGCGUAAGGAUUAGUUCUGAGAUCUAUGAUCAGAACUUUGAGUCUCAGACCAUUGCAUCUGAUCACACGUACUUUAACUCGAAACUAGAGCCAUUCAGCAAAAAUAAGAAUCGAUCAAAGAUUUCAAACAAAGAUCAAUCAAACAGGUCGGCAAAGGCUUUGGCAUCAAGCCGAGUUGAAACUAAUCAGAAUGAAGGUUCUCAGUCAUUUUCAGGGGAAAGAGAGAGCACAAAAACUCAGAGAAAUCAAACUCAGACCAUUCUAGCCAAUGCUGACACAUCAACUCCUACAGAUUGUUCUGAUACCCUGAGUAAAAUCCGGCAGGAGGUGGGGCCCCCUCUGCCGCCCUUGCUUGCUCCUCUGGUUGCUACACCUCCAAGGACUUCGCAGCCAGUUUCUCCGCUGCUAGCAACGUCCUCUCCCUCCUCACCUACCUCUCCUCUUGGCCAGAUUUCUCCCUUGUGUGAACCCCCUGUGCCUCCUGUGAUGUCUCCUUUGCCGGAAGAGCCGGGAUGCCUCUCUCCCCCAUGCACAUCUCCGUCCCCAUCUGCUGCACCGGCCGGCGAGAGGAUAGUGUCAUCACCCUUGCAAUUUUGUGCUGCCACCCCAAAGCAUGCCCUCCCUGUGCCUGGCCGCCUCCCGCCUCUGGCAUCUGCCCACACGGCUGUGGCUGGACCCCAGGAGAAUUCCGUUAAAAUCCUCGACACCAUGUACCCAGAGCUGUCUGCCAGGGCCCGUACCCUCAACAUUCUCAAAGGGAACAUUCAGCUCACUCGAGGUCCUCCUGCAGACCGUAAGAGCUUAGCGGGGCCUGUCAGUGCUAUCACAGGCUUCAAGGCAAUCACCUCAACAUCCACCGCCUUUGUUAAGACAGGGGGCAGCUCAGGGAGUGACUGUAGUCAGGACAAAUCCAGAGAUGGGGGGACUCGCCAGGAUGCAGGAGGGAAAAGGACAUUGUCUGCAUCUACGCUGAGGAGCGCCAAAAGACUGCGGCUGGACAGUGGGUCCCCAGAACCAGAAACUGGGGGCGCCACUACAGAAGGAGUCAGCAAGGCCCUCCGGAGGAGCCUCCCUCAAACUGAAGCUGUGGCGGCAGAGGAAGAAAGUUCUUCUCUGACCGUCAGUGCGGUUUCACAGUUGCCUCCAAACCCAAAAGAAACUGUAGAGUCCCAUGACAAAGCCAUAGCUGAUGCACUGAAGAAGAUCGCAGAGUCGUCUUUUGAUCUCUUACCUGUCAUUCGAAGUCAUGUGUAUGUGGGAAAUAUCUCCAAAAAGCCUGUCAUGAGAGAUCAAGAGAAGGAAGUUGUUCAUGAGUUUAGCACAACCAAAAAGCAUUUGGCAGAGUGCUUGCUGCACUCUAUUCUCUCAGAACUGAAACUGCAGAAGAUCUCCAUGGAGCGCAAUUACAUUCACGCCCUCUGCAGAGUGUAUGUGGGCAUCUGUCGGCAACUUGGGGACUUGGAAAGAGCUCGUUUGUUUUGCUACAGCCUACUUAAGGAAGAUUUUCCAGAGUCAGAGAAACUGACUUUGUUCAUUGCAAAUAUGUGGCAUGACAUAUUUAUUUCCCAAUCGGUGAUUAAUAAGGCGAUGCAGUUGGUUGCCAGGCAACGUGCUAAAGGAGAGGUCCGGAACUGUUUGAGAGCCUUUCUCAACUGGGAAAAGAAUUUAAACGAGUAUGUUGAAGCACUAAUUACCUUGAAGCAGAAAAUUAUUAAUACAGAUAAUUUAUUAACAGAAUAUCAGAAGAAAUGUGAUGAGCUGCAGUUUGCAAGAAGAGAGAAUAGUACCCUGCAUCACCAAGUGGAACAGAUGCUUCAAAAAAUUUCUCCUCUGCAGAAAUGUCAGGAAGAAUUGGGGUCUUUAAAAGCAGAGCUGGAAGAGAAGAAGAGUUCUCUCAAGUUGUACCAAGAUACUCACCAGGAAUAUGCACGUGUAAAAGAAGAAUGCUUGAAAACUGAUGCUCAGAAGAAGAAACUAGAAGCCAAGGUGAAGAAGCUGGAAGAGGCUGCUGUGAAGCAAACGCAGGACUUCAAGCAACUGAGGAAUGAAAAGAAAAUACUUGAAAAGGAAUUUAAGAAGACACAGGAACGGCUCGAUGAAUUUUCUAAACAGAAAAAUGAAAAGGAGUUGAGGCAUAUUGGAACACAAAUUUCAAGUGAUUCUUAUGGAAGCAUAGAUAAAAGAAAAGUAAAGCUACUUCUGAAGGAGCUCUGGCUCUGCAUAAACACAACACACAGACUACCUGGUGAAGGCAGCCGAUGCAUCACAGAGAAACCUGCCAAAGAAAACCCGGGGCCCACAGAGCCCAGGGACGAUGGUGUGCCCCCUCCAGCAGGUGGCAGGCCACUCCAAGCCGCAGCUGUGCAGACGUGCCUGGCAGAACUGUCCAUGGAAAUAGAGGGCGACUUCUCUGCAUGUAGACGUGUGGGGAGACACGAGUACAGUGGAGCCGCGCACUGCAGUGACCACGUAGCUAACGAGGGCCGGCAUCCUGAACUUGAGGUGCCAAGGACUGACGAGGACAGUACUGACUUCUCUGAUCGUGAUCACUGUUUCGAUGAAGACCUCCAGGCUGCAGUUGACUUCUUCAGACUUCCCCCUCCUCUGUUGUCUCCGGUGCCGUCACCCCCUUUGGUGUCCCUACCACCCCUGAGCACAUUACCUUCUUCACUGGCGCCUGAAACCUACUUCGGAGAGUAUACAGAUUCCAGUGAUAAUGAAUUGUCCCAACAUAGAAAUUCUGCUGAGUCUGUUUCAGAAGAUGAGACAUCUGAAUCACAGUAUUUUGGUUCAUCCAGAAAAAGUAAAGGAAGUGGUGGUACCUGGGAGGAGAAGCUCAAAUCACAUGAAGCCUCCCAGGCUCUGGCUACGCUGGAAGUAAAUGAAGUGACAACUGUCGGGUUUGGGACGUUCACAGCAACGCUGAGAGAGCCUUCAGCUGCAUACUCCGUAGCUCACGAGAAACACUGGAUGGUGUCAUCUGAGUCCGCGAGUGACGGGAGAAGAGCCAUUUCAGAUGAGGCACAAAGACAGAGAGAGGUUAGGGAGGUGGAUAAGUCGGUGCAGACUGAGAACACACUUCAUGAACCCAUCAGAAACGUGUGUGUUGAGACGUCAUCUGGCAGCCGGGCACAGGGCAGGGGAGCAGCCCUCCGGAAGUCUGACACGUGUUCCUCUACCCUCGGCAAGAGGCCAUUCAGUGAACUCAUGGAAUCUGAAGGAAAAACCCUACUAUCCAAAAUGAUAGGAUCACCCAAAUCACAGUUUACUAAGUGGACACUAAGUAAUGAAAUCCCUCUUGAAUCAGAUCAUCUGUCAAUCUCUGACCACCUCCAGGGAAUGUGUGGAGUAUCGGGAAAGAAGCGAGAUGCUCAAGACUUCAUUUUAGGAGCAUCGCCUGAGCCAGAGGACGAUGUAGGUGAUGCAGCGGGUGCCCCAGGGCUCCGUGGUGAUGCCAGCCUUUCUUCCUCUUCUACCUCGGGAGCAUCGUCUGUCUGCAGUGACUCCCCAUCUUCCUCUGGAUUGAAGUAUGCUCAUGACCAACACAUUCCUGCUAAAGUUACUGCUGUGGAACUGCACCAUUCAGAACAGCAGUUACAAGCUGAAACCUUGAACGUGCUAGAUCUGCAGCCUGAGCCCCCAGAGUGUCCUCCCGGAGAGAACCAUCUGGAGAAUAGCUUGUGUGCUUUGAGCCCUGAGUUGGGAGCAUCACAUUUUAAUAAUGAAAGCAGCAAUGAGGUCAAGUCCACAGAUGUUUUGAAAGGCAUUCCCAAAGUCUGUUCAAUUGCACAGUCAGUAUUUAUAAAAGCUAUGAAAGACGCACAGUGCAGAAGCCAGGGUCCCAGAGCUGAGCUCCCCCUGACUAGGGCGGAUUCUACACCAUUGCUAGAGUCUCAGCGUGGCUUGACCAAGGGUGGGUUUGGUUUUAAAAGCCCUUCAUGGCACCAUAGUGAUGUGUUAAGGAGAGGUGGAGAAGAAAGGCUAAGGGCUAAGUCAGAACCCGAACAGAAGACUAACCAUCAGGUACAACAGGCAGCAGCAUCCUUAGAAAGUAGACGGUCCACAUCGAAGCCUGAGCUUGCCUCAGAAAAUAACCCCGUGGGGCUCAGGGCUGCUACGUCACUGUUGCCUAACCAAGUGUCCGUGAUCACCAAGCAGGCCCGGCCCGACACAGUGCAGAGCACUAGACUGGAACCCUGGAGGCAGCGGAAGACUGAGCCUCCCUUCGGGGCAGCACACGCCGGUCCUGGGGCUGUUCCCACGUCCUCUGUAGCCAGACGUGACGGAGAAAGAGAGGACACGGCGUGGGCUGCCCAGGGAGCGGCUGCUAAUGAAGGGACCUCGCCACAAGUUUCUGCCUCAUGGAGAAAAUUAAAUUUCAGUUUUCCAAGUUCCACAAAUAGCAAACCGUCUUUCUCUCCCAAAAACAUCCCUGUCCCAAAUCAAGACAUCACAACCGAAGCCUCAGCACAGGAGGCAGUGCCGAAGCAAACUCUGCUCCUUCAUGCCGCAAGUCUGGACUCCUCUGGGCUGAUUGGGGACCAACUCCGUCCCGCUCCAGAAGUGCCAGUGUCCAGAAGUUGCGCUGUUGACAGAGUGCCCUAUGGGGGCACGGGCAGAUCUGGUAGCAAGGCUCUGGCCAUCCUGGAGGGCUCUCCCCGUGUCCGCCCGAGCCUGCAGGAGUCCCCAGAGCUGCCGUCUCAGACUCCUGGCAGGGCCUCUCCUGAAGGUCCAGGUACCACAGGGACGGCUCUCCCAUCGGCGAUUCUCAGAAAAGAUGAGGAGACGCGUGCUGUCCCCGCGAGUGCUCUCGCUGGGCCUGUGUGUUGUUACACGGGCAUUCGGGAGGGAGGAGGUGGCGACACAGAGGUGGAGGAGAGUGAGGCGCCUAGCGGUAGCGAAGGGGAGAGCGAGCCCGAAGCCGCGCUGGGGGACAGACCGCGGGGGGCUGCUCACGCCUCCAGAAGAGGUUUAGGAGCCCCAGGCGCUGGCUCAGCCGAGACUCGGCCUCCCGUCGAGGUGGGCUGUCUGACCUCCGCGCUGCAGGACUUCAACAUCAGCACCCUUUCUGAGAUCGACGGGCUCUCUACAUCCGAGGUCGUGAUGUUUCUUGAAAGUUGUCAGUUAAGAGAUUACAGUUCGGGGGACUCUGUUUCAGAAUGUUCUAGCAGAGGAACCCUGCAUAAAGAAAUGAACAAAGACUUAAAGCCAGGUGACCUCUCAGGAGGAAAGUACAGAAAGCAGCUCUGUGAAGAAGAAACCCUUGAAACCUCCGAAGAGUGGAUUGAAUCCGAGGAAGAGGACGGUCCUCUGAAGAGCACAGGUCAGCUCACACAGCGCUCCUUGGAAACGCUGUCUGAGGUGCUCACCAGGUUUGGACGGGAGCUUCAGGCCAGCUGUGAGAGCUCUCCUGGAAAAGACGCUGCUGACUUAGUGCUCUCAAAUACGCACGAUGACGUGACCAGUGAGCCUGUCAGAGAGCAUGUCCCACCUCAGGGGGCGAGUGGCUUCCCCCCACACCCUUCAGGUACAUCCCCUCCAGUAGCCAGCAUGACUGGCAAGGGCUGUUCUCCUGCUAGCGGCUCAUCGAGUAACGCAGUCACUCCUGGCAGUCCUGAGGGUGUUCCCAGUGUCACCAGCCCGAUCCGCGGUGGGGCAGAGUCCUCCCCCCAGCGCUCUGACUCCGUGGCGGGGCAGACCACAGAAGGCAGUGCUGAGGAGGGGGCAGAAACGACGUUUCAGUGCCAGAUAUCAACAGUGACCUCCGAAGUCAUAAACGUGCUCAUCAAUAAGGAUCAAAAUCUCGUCAUUGAAAAGGGGGACCACUGGACCAUCAUAAAUGGGGUAGCUCUCAUGCCAAAUGUGGACCAGGUCAUACUGUGUGACACUCCCGAAGACAUCCCUGUUUCCCCAGAUGGAGGAGGCCUGGGAGCUGGCUUCAUUUCCCUUACUUCCAUGGAGAAGUCCCCAGAGACCGGUCACCCUGGCCCUCCAUUUCAGGAGCCCCAGUGCGGCAGCACCCUAUCAUGUGCCCAAGAGGAAAUUUCCAGCAGUAGCCAGAGCACCAACUUUGAUAAAAGUCGUUUGCGUAACAGGCCUGUCAAACCUAGCGUAAGGAUUAGUUCUGAGAUCUAUGAUCAGAACUUUGAGUCUCAGACCAUUGCAUCUGAUCACACGUACUUUAACUCGAAACUAGAGCCAUUCAGCAAAAAUAAGAAUCGAUCAAAGAUUUCAAACAAAGAUCAAUCAAACAGGUCGGCAAAGGCUUUGGCAUCAAGCCGAGUUGAAACUAAUCAGAAUGAAGGUUCUCAGUCAUUUUCAGGGGAAAGAGAGAGCACAAAAACUCAGAGAAAUCAAACUCAGACCAUUCUAGCCAAUGCUGACACAUCAACUCCUACAGAUUGUUCUGAUACCCUGAGUAAAAUCCGGCAGGAGGUGGGGCCCCCUCUGCCGCCCUUGCUUGCUCCUCUGGUUGCUACACCUCCAAGGACUUCGCAGCCAGUUUCUCCGCUGCUAGCAACGUCCUCUCCCUCCUCACCUACCUCUCCUCUUGGCCAGAUUUCUCCCUUGUGUGAACCCCCUGUGCCUCCUGUGAUGUCUCCUUUGCCGGAAGAGCCGGGAUGCCUCUCUCCCCCAUGCACAUCUCCGUCCCCAUCUGCUGCACCGGCCGGCGAGAGGAUAGUGUCAUCACCCUUGCAAUUUUGUGCUGCCACCCCAAAGCAUGCCCUCCCUGUGCCUGGCCGCCUCCCGCCUCUGGCAUCUGCCCACACGGCUGUGGCUGGACCCCAGGAGAAUUCCGUUAAAAUCCUCGACACCAUGUACCCAGAGCUGUCUGCCAGGGCCCGUACCCUCAACAUUCUCAAAGGGAACAUUCAGCUCACUCGAGGUCCUCCUGCAGACCGUAAGAGCUUAGCGGGGCCUGUCAGUGCUAUCACAGGCUUCAAGGCAAUCACCUCAACAUCCACCGCCUUUGUUAAGACAGGGGGCAGCUCAGGGAGUGACUGUAGUCAGGACAAAUCCAGAGAUGGGGGGACUCGCCAGGAUGCAGGAGGGAAAAGGACAUUGUCUGCAUCUACGCUGAGGAGCGCCAAAAGACUGCGGCUGGACAGUGGGUCCCCAGAACCAGAAACUGGGGGCGCCACUACAGAAGGAGUCAGCAAGGCCCUCCGGAGGAGCCUCCCUCAAACUGAAGCUGUGGCGGCAGAGGAAGAAAGUUCUUCUCUGACCGUCAGUGCGGUUUCACAGUUGCCUCCAAACCCAAAAGAAACUGUAGAGUCCCAUGACAAAGCCAUAGCUGAUGCACUGAAGAAGAUCGCAGAGUCGUCUUUUGAUCUCUUACCUGUCAUUCGAAGUCAUGUGUAUGUGGGAAAUAUCUCCAAAAAGCCUGUCAUGAGAGAUCAAGAGAAGGAAGUUGUUCAUGAGUUUAGCACAACCAAAAAGCAUUUGGCAGAGUGCUUGCUGCACUCUAUUCUCUCAGAACUGAAACUGCAGAAGAUCUCCAUGGAGCGCAAUUACAUUCACGCCCUCUGCAGAGUGUAUGUGGGCAUCUGUCGGCAACUUGGGGACUUGGAAAGAGCUCGUUUGUUUUGCUACAGCCUACUUAAGGAAGAUUUUCCAGAGUCAGAGAAACUGACUUUGUUCAUUGCAAAUAUGUGGCAUGACAUAUUUAUUUCCCAAUCGGUGAUUAAUAAGGCGAUGCAGUUGGUUGCCAGGCAACGUGCUAAAGGAGAGGUCCGGAACUGUUUGAGAGCCUUUCUCAACUGGGAAAAGAAUGCUCCUGUGGAUGUGGGUUUCAUGGUUUCUAAGCUGCUGUUGACCAUACAGUUGUGUCCAAAAACGGAGUUUCAGUCCAGUGAAAAAUUUGGGGAAGACUUAAGUGAUAACACUUGGGAGUACAUAUUUGCUAUUGACCUGCUCUGCUGCCAUCAGAAGUGGAUUUGGACACAUGAUAACAUUAUAAGUAAAGAGCUGUGGCCUGUAAUGGAUAAGUGGAUAAAAUACAGAAAAGGACAUGCGAACAUUGCAUAUACUCCUGAUAUUAUUAUCGCAUCGAUACUGAGGCUGAUCGGUCGCUUAGGCCAGCUGGGCUUGAAGGAGGGCUUCCCGUCCGCCGUGAAGAACAUCAGCUCCGUCAUCGGCAUGUUCAUCCAGCACGCCCGGGACGAAGAUAUCCCGUGGGGCAUCCAGCUGGCGGCUGUGUACGCGCUCUGUGAUUUGAGUCCCAGCAAUCCAGCGGAAAUAUCCAAGAUCCUGGAGGCCUGGCGCCAAGAGACCGCGCACAGCGUGCCCUCCGCGGUGCUCAGCUGCCUGGAGGAAGUCGGCUCGCUGUGCGCGGAGGAAGUCGGCUAAGCCGCCCCGCGCCCGUGUCUAGAGAAGUGCCUUUACCUAUCUCGAGGACAAAUAGAUGAGUCAGCUCGCGGAGCACAAACUGAGGUUUCAAAAGGAAAGACAUCGAAGACAGAAAAUGCCCAGAGGCUCUCCUCACUGUGGCGAGGAGACAGCAGCCGGCCGUGGCAGGGCUGCCUUUCCCUAAACCGCAUACAUUUCACUUAAGGCUGUUGUGAUUCCAUGACAUGUGGGUUGUAUUAUUGUGUCUUGGUCAAACAACAAAAACUUGAACUUAGCCCUUUUUUGCUGCAGAAAGUGUCCUUUAGUCGCUUUUCAAAAUUGAGUGGCAUUUUAUAAUGAAUUUAGUAUAAAGGCAUUGAUUUGGUUCCUAGGCUAAUUUUGAACUUUGCGCUGAAAUGAUUGACUAGGGAAAAAUAAGCUGGCUGAGGAAGAGCCAGAAGAUUCUUCGGCUGUCUUAGCUGGAAAUGGGCUUCAAAAUUGUUUCUCAAGGUGUAGUGUGCGACUGGUCAGAGGAGAACCUUAGAGACCGGUUCUAGUGCAUCAUCUUCCUAUCUCUGCAGGCCCUUCAAACUGUCACUGUAUCAGGACAAGGAGGGCUGAAGAGUAGACAUUCACUUGCAGGCUUUGUGUCAGCGACCUGUAUGUACAUAGACGAUUCAGAGACGCGCAGGCAGGUCUCUGUGUGUGCCGUGUAUAUAUGGACCGUGCUAUAAUGUGUUUCACAUUUGAUGAUAUUCCACUUUCGGAAUUUUAGUAUUUGUACAUAGAAAAUGGGUUUAAUAACUCACCGUGGUUCUGAUUUGUCUUAUAUUCAUCAUUUCUUAAAACUCUUGUAUGUGUUUUUUAUAAUAAAAAAUUUAAAGUAAGCCAUGCA